AUGAAUCGUAGUGAAGUGUUUAUUUUUGAUUAUGGAGUUGUUGCGUUAUGGAACUUUAGCAAAGCAGAAGAGCGACAAUUUCUGUCCAUCAUUCUCAAAUUUGGCGUUGGUCUGCUAAACUCUGAUGAUGUCGAGAUUGAAGAUUUUCAUUUCCAAUAUGAUUUAGCAGGCCCGCAUCAGCCACGUAUCUUCAAUGAUAUGAUCACACUUAAAAGUAGCAGUCCAUUGAUUAAACUCACUAUUUCUCAUGGUCUAGCACAGUCUGUUAAACUCUCCCUGUUUGAAAAUGCUAUGGAAGAGACCAUUGAUGGUGCGACACCCCUUCCACGCAUGAUGGCCAAGUAUGGGCAGGUCAAGAUGAGCCGUAUUGAGAUUAUGAAAAUUGUUGGACAACUGUUUAGACUCAAGAUGAAUGUGAAUCUUGUUUCAAAUGUUCUCGACACUCCUGAAAUUUUCUGGGCUGAGCCAGAGCUGGAAGGACUGUAUAACGCAAUACGUGGAUAUCUAGAGAUCUCUCAGCGGGCCAAAUUACUCAACUCACGUGCAGAUGUGCUAUCCGAUCUUUUAGAUAUGCUAUCAGAACAUCUCAAUUCAAACGAAAUGACCUUUAUCACAUGGGUAGUGAUUGUUCUCAUUUUCUUUGCAGUUAUCAUAGCUAUUGCAGAGGUGGUGGUCAAGGUGUAUAAGAUGCAGGCUGGUAUUGAAUAA